UGAACCGAUCAGGACUAAAUUCCUGGCUUUGGCAGAGUUAGCCUGCAAUGCUGCAUUCUAACCAUUGUGCCACCACAGCUCAGCUACCUUUGAUUUUGAAACAAGCAAAAGGUUUGCUGAGACAGCAAUGGUUUUCCAUUUCUCCCCCAUCUUGAGGGUGGGAGGCAAGUGCAUCAUUGGCUCUGUAAGGGAAAGGCAUCAGUGAUGGUACUGCCACAAAGAGAUGUUUGAGAAAAGUAAUGGAGGCCAAUCCUGCUUUUGGUAGAAUGAAGAGGGAUAAAAAAAGGGGAACCAACCGUUGAAGCAUCAGGGAGGACAGGUUGCUAUUUAAAAGGAUUUGUUUUUUGAGGAUGUUAAUCUCUUUUCUAUUCUUUCUAGUUGAUGAGCAGCCACAGGGAUUCUACUGUGUGCUGUUGCCCUCGGUGGUGCUCUUGGAGUGUACGGAGGGAAGAUGGCAUUCUGGACACAGCUGGGUUUGCUACUAUGGAAGAAUUUCACUUAUAGGAGAAGGCAAACGGUCCAACUACUGAUUGAAAUCACUUGGCCAUUAUUUAUCUUCUUUAUUCUGAUGUCUGUGAGACUGUCCUAUCCACCUUAUGAACAACAUGAAUGUCAUUUUCCAAACAAGGCCAUGCCUUCGGCUGGAACAUUGCCCUGGGUUCAGGGGAUUAUCUGUAAUGCCAACAAUCCUUGCUUUCGUUCCCCGACACCUGGGGAGACACCCCGCAUUGUUGGCAAUUUUAACGAAUCUAUUGUUUACCGAUUGUUCAAUGAUGCCAAACGUUUGCUAUCCUUUAGCCAGGACAGCAGCAUCAAGGAUAUACCUCAAGUGUUGACAAAAGUGCUGAAAUUUGGGAAAUUUGCCUCAGGUAUCAAAGUUCAGGAUUUUCUGGUUGUCAAUGAGACAUUCUCUGAAUUUCUCCACCACAACGCUUCCCUAUCGCAGCCUGAUAUAGAUGAAAUCCUGAAUGCUGAGGUCAAUCUCCAACAGGUCAUUACAUCUGGUUAUCAGAUAAGUGUGGAAGACUUGUGCAAUUUCACCAAGCCUCCAGAACUGGUUGCUAUCAACAAUGGCAGCCGGGCCUUAAUUUGCUCUAUGCCGAAGGAACAACUUGCUUCUCUAGAAAGAGCGUUUCAGGAUAAUAUGGACUUCAUAAAGCCACUUAUGAAAGGGAUCACCUUCAAUUCAACCCUGGAGGAUGUUAAGGGAACUUUGGAGACGCUGACGCAGAGCUUGGGGAACCUUCUUAAAGAGUUAGUGAGCAUGAGAAGUUGGAGUGACAUGAGACAAGAGGUGAUGUUCCUGACCAACAUGAAUUCCACAAGGUCUUCUGCUGAUAUCUACCAGGCAGUAUCUCGCAUUGUUUGUGGCCACCCUGAGGGAGGGGGAUUGCAGAUCAAGUCCUUCAACUGGUACGAAGACCAUAAUUACAAAGCAUUCUUUGGAAGCAACAGCUCUGAAAACGAUGCCAUGGACUUCUAUGAUAAUUAUACUACACCUUUCUGCAAUACCUUAAUGAAGAAUCUGGAAUCGAACCCACUCUCCAGGAUUAUCUGGAGGGCCCUGAAGCCUUUGCUCGUUGGAAAAGUCCUGUAUAGUCCGGACACGCCAGCAACCAGGACAAUUAUGUCAGAGGUCAACAAGACAUUCCAAGAGCUAGGUGUCUUCCAUGAACUUGGAGGCAUGUGGGAAGAGAUUAAACCAAAAAUAAAAACUUUCAUGGAAGAAAACCAGGAGAUGGAUCUUAUUCGGGUUUUGCUGAAGAGUGAGAAUCUUUGGAACCAGUACAUGGUCAACUCAAGAUGGAGCAGGGAGGAGAUUGCCCAAUUCUUGGCAAAACACCCUGAGGAUGUUGGUCCAGUGAAUGGCUCUGUUUACACCUGGCGGGAUGCAUUCAAUGAAACAGAUCGAACCAUUAUGACUAUUUCCCAUUUUAUGGAAUGCAUCAAUUUGAACAAGUUGGAAGCUGUGCCUAAUGAAGGGCGGCUUGUCAGCAAAUCCAUGGAACUGCUGGACCAGAGACGAUUCUGGGCUGGCAUAAUUUUCCCUGAAGUUGCUCCUAAGAGUGUGGAUUUGCCCCAUCAUGUCAAGUAUAAGAUACGGAUGGAUAUCGACAGCGUGGAAAGGACCAACAAAAUUAAGGACAAAUUCUGGGACCCAGGUCCUCGAGCUGAUCCUUUUGACGACAUGCGCUACAUUUGGGGAGGCUUCACUUACUUGCAGGAUGUAAUAGAACAAGCAAUCAUCCGGACUUUGACAGGCUCUGAGAAGAAAACUGGUGUCUAUGUUCAGCAGAUGCCUUAUCCAUGUUACGUGGAUGACACAUUCUUGCGUGUCUUGAGCCGGUCAAUGCCUAUUUUCAUGACUUUGGCGUGGAUCUACUCAGUAGCAGUGAUCAUCAAGGGGAUUGUAUAUGAAAAGGAAGCGCGGCUGAAAGAGACAAUGAGGAUCAUGGGCCUCAACAAUGGCACCCUCUGGCUUAGCUGGUUCAUUAGUAGCCUCAUCCCCAUUCUCAUGAGCGCAGGGUUUCUGACAUUCAUUCUUAAGAAAGGAAACUUGCUGCCCUACAGUGACCCCACUGUGAUUUUCGUCUUCCUGUCUCUCUUUGGUGUAGUAACCAUCUCACAGUGCUUCCUCAUCAGCACCUUCUUCUCCAGGGCCAACAUAGCAGCAGCUUGUGGAGGAAUUAUCUAUUUUACUCUUUAUUUGCCAUAUGUCUUAUGUGACGCCUGGCAGAACUAUAUCAGUUUCUCUGUCAGAAUAUUUGCAAGCCUACUUUCUCCUGUUGCCUUUGGAUUUGGCUGCGAGUAUGUUUCCCUGUAUGAAGAACAGGGGAUUGGAUUGCAGUGGAACAGUUUCUUUGAACGCCCUGUGGAAAAAGACAACUUCAACUUGACCAUAGCUGUAUUCAUGAUGGUCCUGGAUAGCUUGUUAUAUGGAAUGAUGACUUGGUACAUUGAGUCUGUUUUUCCAGGUCAAUAUGGCAUUCCCAGACCUUGGUACUUCCCCUUUAUGAAAUCCUAUUGGUUUGGUGAGGAAUCUGGGGGACAGUGGCUCCCUUCUCAUGCUGCAGGAUCAUCAGAAAUUUGUAUGGAAGAAGAGCCAAGCCAUCUUCCCCUUGGAGUCUCCAUUAAGAACUUGGUGAAAGUUUACCGUGAUGGCAAGAAGCUGGCUAUAGAUGGUCUUACACUGAAUUUCUAUGAAGGGCAAAUUACCUCCUUCUUAGGGCACAAUGGAGCAGGAAAAACUACCACGAUGUCCAUUUUGACUGGCUUAUUCCCCCCAACCUCAGGCACAGCCUUUAUCCUGGGUAAAGACAUCCGUUCUGAACUCAGCACUAUCCGGAAGAAUCUGGGUGUUUGUCCUCAACACAAUGUCUUGUUUGAUGAGCUGACAGUGGAAGAACACAUUUGGUUUUACGCACGCCUGAAGGGGCUGCCAAAAAACCUGGUGAAAAAGGAAAUGGAACAAAUGGCUACAGAUGUUGGCUUGCCUCACAAACUGAAAUCUAAGACAAGCCAACUCUCUG